AUUUUUGUGGCUUCUAUCUAAUCAUGGAUGCUACUAUUAAUUAGAUACAGUCUUGGCUCAAAGAGAAAUGUUGCCCAUUAUUUUUCUCUUGCUAUUUACGUUCCCUGUUGAGAGUUUGACGGAGAAGAAGUCUCUCUCAGUUGUCAUCUCAGUUCCACCAAUGUCCGGCCAUGUUUUGAACAUGUUAAUUUUAGGAAAUGCCUUGAGAGAGCAAGGGCACAACGUCACCUUUCUACUUCCCGAAUACACUGAUUACAGCAAAGGGAGGGCUCUCUGUAAGGACGCUGGCUUUCCUUACAUACCCAUACCAGUCAACAGCAGCUAUUAUGAGAUACUGGAGAAUGCCAAUAGAAAAGGGUCCACUUUGCAGCAUAUGAUGACUGUUGUGGAAGAGGUCAUAUUCAAGUUGCAUUCAUCAAUGGAAUAUUUUAUAGAAAAUAAUGGAGCUGAUUUCAGGCAAUGGGACGUUGUUCUAUUAUCUGAUUGGUUUGCUAAUUGGUUUGCUGGGAAUUAUGCUUGUGACGAGGCUAUGAAGCAUCUACGCAUCGUUGGUGUUGCAGCUAGUCCUGUCCCAUUCACAAUACCUUUGUCUCCUUCAUGGCCUUUUCCGUUGGUGAAUAUUUACCCAGACAUGACGGAGGACUUGUCAUUUGUUGAUCGUUUCAAACUGGCAGGCACAAAUAUUGUUACAAAACCUUUGGAAGGUUAUAUUAGCUCUCGUACGAUUUCAAAGAACCAGGAGUGCUGGGAUGAGAAGUACAAUAGGUACUUGCCACUUGGUCAUGCAAUACCUCUAAUAUUCACUACUGUCAUUGGCUUUGAGUAUCCAAAGAGUAAUCUUCCAUUAGUCGAUUAUGUUGGGCCUUUUAUUUCAAAGAAACCUGAUCCUCUACCAUCUGAUAUUCAGUCUUGGCUGGACAGUAAAAAAGAAAAAAGUGUAGUCUACAUUUCAAUGGGCACUGUUGUGCACACAUCUCAGAAAAUUGCACAAGCAUUUUACAAUGGCAUACCUAAUGACUAUUCAGUUUUGUGGUCGGCUACUAGUGAAAUUAUUUUAGAUCUUGUUAAAAAUGAUGAUCGUUACCUUGUUAAGAGCUGGAUACCACAGAUUAGUGCAUUGAAUCAUCCAUCAAUAUCAUUAGCUAUUCUUCAUGGAGGAGCAGGAGGAGUACACCAAGCACUCUAUUUUGGAAUACCAAUGAUUGUCAUUCCCAUUGGUGGAGAUCAACCAGGUAAUGCUUUUAAGGUACAAUAUUGGAAACUUGGAAUUCAUUUGGAUCACAAUGAAAUUACUCCAGAUGAUUUGAAACAGAGUAUCCUAAAGAUUGAGUCAGGUCCCUACAGAAACAAUGCUAAAAAGAUGAGUAUCAUAAUGAAGAAUGCUGGAGGAGUAAAGAGAGCAGUUGAGCUAAUAGAGUUCUAUGCUGCAGUAGGUUAUGAUCAUCUUGUACCUGCUUAUGUGAAGUAUCACUGGAGUUGGAUUCAAUAUCAUAAUGUUGAUGUACAAGCAUUGCUGUUAGCUAUUGGAGCAUUGAUGCUAUACUUGUGUUUCAAACUAAUCAAGUGUAUGUGUCAGUGUUGCUGCUGUAGGAAUGCAAAGGAAAAGAAUGACUAAUAAUUUUAAUAAUUGUUUAAACUAUAUUCAUUAGAUAACAACAAGAGUAGUCUAGAUUAUCUACUCUUGAUAACAAUCAA